AUGUCAGACUCCAAUUCACCCAUGCAAGCAGAGUCAUCGUCCAAUGCUAGAGAGCAGCAACAGCAGCAACAACGACAGGGUUUACCUGUUCCUAUACACCCUGACGAUGCCAAAGACAAGGUCUUUACAGCCAUUCUGAAGGCUUUAUUGAAAAUGGGCAACAAGCCAAGCUCACCCAAAGAACUGGCCAAUGUCAUUGUCAAGUACAAAUAUGCUACAUUAGGUGGUGCAACUCCAUUCGCUACCGUUUCUUCUCGCAUAUCCCAGCAUUUUAAACGCGCAGCACAGCAUAAUCCGCCACGACCUCCUUUGUUGGCCAAACAUUUUGAUGAAAACCACUCACGCAAAAUCAACUAUUCUUUGGCAACCGAGCCUACUUCUUCUUCAUCACCACAAGAUGACGAUGGGUCACCAACAACAUCAACGCAUCAUCAUCAUCUUCAUGACAACCAUAAAACAUUGUCAGACAUGUCGGAGGAUGAGACAUCUCGUGAGCAACAACAACAACAACAACAACAACCGUUACGACGAUCCAAUCGACAUGCAUCACCACCCGUAACACGUGCAUCUCGAAGGAAGACAAGACAAUCAAUAGAAGACGAAGAACAAGUUACAGUGGUUAUCGACGAAGAUGAUGCCGAUGAUGAAGCGGAUCUUUUGGCAAAACGACGUGGAGCCAAGCGUAUACGUCGACAUUAUCACAGCAAGGACAACCUCCCGCUUUCUCCUAUGCGUGAUCCGAUUACACACAAAAGCCAACAUGUUUUAUCACGAGCAAUUCCGCCUGUGUCACCACCACCCACACAACUGGAAGAAGCGUCUGAUCAAGAUGAUGAUAUCGAGGAUGAGAUACAAGAACAUGUCAAGCAACAACAACAACAAGAUGAUGAGGAAAGUGAGGCUGAUGAAUAUCCUGAUUAUCAUGAAGAAAUGUUGAAAGGAGAUGAUGCAAUGAUGCUGGAUACAACCACGGGCCUUACCGAUCGACGACCUUCAGUCCAUAUGGUCAGCUCUCGACGACCCAGUAUAGCACAAGCAACAGCCACUGGAUCAAGUAGUAGUAGUAGACAUGGCGAAUCACCUCGAUUAACAGCACGUCGACAAUCCUUUUCGCUCAACAAUGGUGAUGAAAUAUGGACAACGAAUCCUUUGGAGCAUGAUUUUGAUUCCGUAUUCUUGUCCGACGAAUCGACUAGUACACAUGCAUUUCCUCCACUCAGCAUUGGUGCACCCGAAUCAAUUUCUAUGGCCGAACUUGAAACUUAUUUCACUGGUGCAGCAGCAGCAGCAGCUACGACUAGUAGCAGCGACAAGCAACAAGAACCAUCAUCCAUUGCUGCUACUACAUCAUCAUCAUCUUCUUCGACAUCAGAUAUACCAGUUAUUUCACGAUUACAAUCAUCACGAAAGAGCUUUUCAGCACUCAUGGGAACCCGAGAAACGUCGUUAUUACAACGAGCGCUUUUGGCAAGUACAGCGGCACGUGGUAUGGCUGAAGCUGCGGCUGCUGCGGCUGCUAUGACUACCGAAGAUUAUGAUGAUACAACAGAAGAGGAUUUACCAUCACCACCACGACAACGACGUAAAUCAUGGCCUGAUGAAUCCACAACCUCGGGUGCAAUUUUAUUCCCAGAAGACGAGGAUGAAGAAGAUCAAAGUAAAGAGGAGGACAAGAAGGAUGAGGAUGUUAUUAUCAAUACAACAACAACGACAACAACAUCGGAUGAUCAUGAUCAGCAGCAGCAACAACAACAACAACCCUCUUCUUCUCCUGAGCCCACAGCAUCCACUACAGACACGAUCCAACAGCAGCAGCAACAGGAAGAGCAAUCGCAACAAGAUGAAAGCUUUACUAUUCGCAAACGCACAUGGGGAUCUCUCGAAUGUUAUCAAUUGGAUUCACCUGACGACAUUCCUGAUACCAAAGUUCUUCGAUUUAUUGCAUCUACCGAUGGUGCCACAGAGCAUGUGGCGUUGCGUACUCGUCAUGCUGCCGAUAAGAACGCCAAACAUCGACGCAAUAGUCAUCAGCAUUUUUAUCUUGGUGAAGGCUAUGUCAAUGCGACUCAGCUACGUAAAGCAGCUCGACCUGUUAUGGGCAAAGGACCCUUUGAUGCUGCUGGUGAAACUGGAGAAGGCAGAGUGGUGGUUUCAUUGACAAAGGGACCCAUGGAUUGUCGUGGUGCAUGGGUACCUCUCAGCCGAGCUCGUGAAUUGGUCAAGGAAUAUGGUAUUGAUGGAUAUCCUGGUAUCACCAAGCUAUUGGGAGAUGAUCCAAUGGAUGGCAAGGAAGAUGAUGACGAUGUCGAGGAGGAGGAGCAGGAGAAAGAGGAGAAAAAGAAGAAUGCCCAAAAAGAGGUUAAUCAUGAUCAUGUCAAGAAACCUUCAUCCAAAGAAGGCGAUAAGAAAUCCACACCCACUCCUCCAGAAUCAAAGGAUCCCGCUAGCAGCUCCUCGUUACUCAAUGUGGAUGAUGGUGAAUUCUUUGUCAAGUUUGAAGAUGAUGAGGAAAAGAAGACACCUGAUAAUACAACAACAACAACAACAACAGCAACGACGAAUGAUGUGGCCGAAGAAGAAGCAACCGCUAUGGCAGCAGCAGCAGCGGCGGCAGCAGCGACAACAUCGAUGCCAUUGGAUUUAUCAAAGACCUUCAAUCUCGCAGCACUUCAACAAGUAUCAGCGGCAUUUCCAGGUGUGGAUUUAACAAAAGCUUUGACGGCCUAUAUGCAAUCUGUCAGCAGUAGUAAUGGUGGAAAGUCCGAUAAUCCUACUACAACUGCAACUGAUAUCAAGGCUGCAUUGGCAAGGUUCCCAGCAUUGGAAGCCCUUUUACGCAAAGAUCCUAUUACCACAACAACCACAACAACAACAACCGCUCACACCCAUAAUAACACCAAUACCACCACCACCACCUCCUCCUCUCCGGCCAUUGUAAAUACCGAUCAACAUCAACAACAACCGGUGGUUGUGCAUACAAUUAUGCCUACCAAUCCCACCAUGUAUAUAACCGUCGCUGAUAAUGUCGCUGUCUGUAUUGCGGUGCUGGCACCACCAGACGCUAACACACCUGAAUAUCGUAUCAUGCGCCGGCUGGACACCAAUUACAUUAAUGGUACGACCUUGUUGACGGCUGGUGGCAUCGACACGGAUAGUGAACGAAGUAUGAUUCUCAGCUUUGAAAUGGAACGACGUCGUAUUCCUGAAAAGAAGAGCGCAUUGUAUGGCACAUGGAUUCCUUUAAGGCGAGCUCAAGAGUUGGCUGUCACAUGUUCAAUUCAACAUCGCUUGGGUCCUUUCUUGACUGAUUCCAUUGAAUCCUACUUUCCAUCACCAUUGCCUAUCACUAUCCAUCGUCGUCCUCAGCUACCAUCAUUGAAAGAAAGCAGCAAUAACCGUUGGGCAUCAUUGGCAAGGCGUGCUCUACGCAAUGGUAUCACUCAUCCUGAUAGUGAUGACGCUACUGCUUCAGCAUCAUCUUCAUCCUCCAGCAGUAAUACCAAAGCCUUGACAACCUCCACGGCUGCUCAAUUACAUCAACUCUUAUUGACCAACAAUCCACGCAAGAUAGCCGAAUAUGCACAAAAGGCACCUUUAUUGGGCACAUUUGGUGAUGAUCAUGAAAAUAGCAAGCGCAAAGUGGCGGUGAUUGAUGCAUCCAGUGUAGCAGCACGUGCAGCAGCAGCUGCAGCGGCGGCUAAGAAACGUGCAGCCAAGAAACGACGAUUGAAUGAGCAAGCGGAUCAUAGCAGUGAUGUGGAUAUUGAAAACAGUGGUUCAGAAGCUGAAGCUGAAGAUGAUGAUGAUGAUGAAGGCGAAGAUACGGAUACCGAUACCGAUGUGGAAGAAGUGCGCAAACGAAUGAAACGAAUGCGAGAUGCAGCUAUUGAUGCUAUGGAAAGUGGCAGCUCGAUCGAUUUGGAAGAACUUAUUCGACGUGCAAGCUCACCUAUCAUGUCCUCGGGUAUUGAACAUCGUGGUGGUGGAUCUACUAGUAGUAGUAGUAGUGAUGCAUUGAGACGUACAGCUACUGUUCGCGCCACCUCGCGUCGUCGUCCUCAAGCUCGUCAUGGCAACAGCAGUGGCGGUAAAAUUGCACCAUCCAAUUUGAAAAAAUCGGCUUCAUGGAGUGGUAGCUUGACAUCGCCAUUACGUGUGGUUGUGCCUUCCAAGAAAUCAUCAUCCAGCAACAACAAUAAUCGUAAAUCCACGACCUCUUUACGACCCAGCAAAUUACGUGGCUCAACAAGUAGUAACAACAGCACCAGUCAUCAUGACAACAAUCGCGUCGUAGAACAUACUUCAUCCUCGUCGUCAUCACCUUCCCCUACGCUUUCCAAGGCUGAGCCCACUGAAGUUACUACUACUACAACUACAACCACUACAACCACGCCUCCUCCUACCACCACUACUACAAAAGACUCAUCUUCUUCAGGCGAUGUUUUGGCUACUAUUCAAGAAGACGACGAAGAUGAGGAAAUUGAUAUUGGUGGUAGUGAUCGCGAUGAUGACCUCAGAUAA